AGACUGCGUGCGGCAAAUGCGGAAGAAAAGCCAAAACUAUAAUGGGUCGGUCAAUCGCAUCAGAUUGGAAGACGACGACAUGGGAAAGGAUGGAGUUUUUUGAGUUAGCUGUUUGUAACCGAGGGCGGUUUAUGCCAAACCAAUAAUUACCAUAAUGGGCAAAGAGAAGGAUCAAAAUAGAGCUCACAAUCGCCGCUGCUGUUUUAGUUUUACCUGCUGCGAGAUCAUUCACAGCAAGGGCGCAAGCGCGGGGAGGGGAAGGCCAAGCCAAGCCAAGCGAAGGGCACAGCGGAAGAGGGAGGCUUUCUGUUUCCCCCCAUAAAACGACGUCCGCGAACCCACAAACCGAGACUUUUUCAACAAAUCAACGCGGUGAGGUUUGACGUUCCAUUUCUUCUUUUCCAUUGCGCGCUGUGUCGCAUUCCGUUUCUUCCACCCAAAUUUGUGUAUCCCAUACGCCCACUGGAUACUACUCCGCCACCCACCACCUGGGUCUCCGAUUCUGGGAUCACAUUGCCAUUUCAUCCAACUCUUUGUUCUUCUUCUUCCUCUUCCUCUUCCCUCCUUCUCUUGAUUCUUUUUCUUUCUUUUAUUGGGUCGUCGGUUAAUUCUGUCCUUCGCAUUAUUAAUGGACCCGUCUUGAAAUUCCCAUUUUCUUGUUUUUCUCGGCGCUUCCUUAAACCUGGAUAAUGCCCUUUUCUUGCUGCGUUUAUUAGUUUCUUCGAUUUUCUCUUGAUUAAUUACAUGAGUGAUCUCCAAGUCUGUUCGCCCCGGCACCAUGGCAUCUUAUUGGGUGGCGAUUAUUCCUGCCCCCAUUUGUCAAGAUUGCCAUUUCCCACAUUGAAUUCUGAUCCGUCGUUAAUUACUUCUGAAAAUUGGUUAAGAGCCGAGAAUACUGCUGGUUGUAUCCUUCGUAGAAUUCAGCCCACUUGCGUGGCCGAGCAGAAGAGACAGGAGAUUGUUGAUUAUGUUCAAGGAUUGAUCAGAACUCGUAUCGGAUGUGAGGUAUUUCCAUAUGGUUCUGUGCCACUCAAAACGUAUAUUCCUGAUGGAGAUAUAGAUUUGACUGCCAUCUGCUGUGCAAACACAGAGAGUGCUGUGGUUUCUGACGUUCAUACUGUUCUUAAGGAACAAGAAAUAAAUGGGGCUUCUCAGUUUGAAGUGAAGGAUGUUCAUUGCAUUGAUGCUGAGGUUAAGCUUGUGAAAUGCGUAGUUCAAAACAUAGUAGUUGAUAUAUCCUUUAAUCAGCUGGGAGGUCUCUCCACCCUGUGUUUUCUUGAACGGGUUGAUCGUAUUGCUGGUAAAGAUCAUCUUUUCAAAAGGAGCAUUAUUCUGUUAAAAGCUUGGUGCUAUUAUGAAAGUCGAAUUCUUGGCGCUCACCAUGGAUUGAUAUCAACAUAUGCUUUGGAAACACUUGUCCUGUAUAUUUUUCAUCUCUUUCAUGGUUCUUUGCAUAGCCCUUUGGCAGUCCUCUAUAGGUUUUUGGAAUACUUCAGCAUAUUUGAUUGGGAAAAUUAUUGUAUCAGCCUGCAAGGACCCGUUAGCAAAUCUUCCUUACCUGAUAUAGUGGCUGAAACACCAGAAAAUGGUGGCCAUGAGCUAUUGCUGAGAGAUGACUUCCUUAGAAACUGCAUGGAAAUGUACUCAAUUUCAUCUGGGAGGUCUGAGCCAAGCUUGAGGGGUUUUACCCUGAAGCAUCUGAAUAUAAUUGAUCCCCUAAAAGAAAAUAACAACCUUGGGCGCAGUGUUAGUAGAGGAAAUUUUUACCGAAUACGCAGUGCUUUCAAAUAUGGAGCUCGUAAGCUAGGUUGGAUUCUUUUAUUACCAGAAGAAAGAAUGGAAGCUGAACUUAAGAAGUUCUUUGCCAACACUUUAGACAGGCACUGUUGGACUAAUGCAGAAUUCCCUACCUCGGAUGCUCGCCUUGGGGUUUCAGUGCAGUCAUCUGCACCGUUGAAGACAUAUUUUCAAGACAAAGCAUGUUUGGAGCCAACAUUACGCAUUGGGGAUGAGAAGGCAUUAGUAAUUGAAAGUUCUUUCACAAAAUUAUGUUUGCUAGGGCGUAAAGUCGCAAGGAACGUCCAGAAGCCUGAGACGGCUGUUGUUCUGGAUACAAGUGGCACUAACGACACACCUAAAUCGUCUUCCUCGCUUUCCAACCAGACUAAUGCGGUCUUAGAGAACACUUAUCGUGCCCCACAGAAUGGGUUUCUAGGCUUGUUAGGCAGUCAAAUGACCAAAGAUUGCUUUAAUAAUGAUGGCUUAAAGGGUUUUAACGAAAGAUGCAAUGGAGGCCUCGGAAGCUUAGAUGAUGUAGGAAAGUUAUUAGACCUUUGCGGGGAUUAUGAUAGUUGCUUUAAGAACCUUAGAUAUAGUCAGAUUUGUGACAGGUAUAACAUUUCCCCUCCAACACUACCAUUAAGUCCACCGAUGUCACCCCAUAGGCAGAGGAACUAUCCUUGGCCAGCCACCCAUCAAUCCCAAAUACGCAAUCCUAAUGUACCUGCUGGAAUUGAACAAAAUGGGUUUGCCAUGGGACUACAGUCGAACCCGGUGAAUAAUUUUGGUACUGUUUUCGAGGAAAAGAGAAGGCCACAAGGAAUUGGUACUUACUUCCCUAGGACGAAUACUUGUACAUAUAGAGACAGGCAAUCUCAAGCAAAGGGAAAGAGUCAAGGACAGAUGACUCGGAGUCAAUUGCAACGGCUAGAUUGCAGUAAUAAUCAAUCAUCCGCAACUCCACAAGAACUGAGCAUAUAUACGGGAGGCGGCCUUGAAUUUUCGGAAGCUGAAUUUCCAGUUCUUGGUAACGGCAAAACGGGAUCAUCAGGUUCACCACCACCACCCUUGUCUUACCUUUCAAGAUGGAAAACUCCGCAUGGUAGUAGUAGUAAUGAUUCCUGGCCACACGAUGAAGUUGUUGAACCUUGGCCGAUUAACCCCGAGCCUUGUGAUGCAACCAUCCCAGAAGCAAGCAGCAGCAGCAGCAGCAGCAGCCCAUUAGAGCAAGUUGUUACUUCAGACCUUCAGGGCUCAUCAUCAUCUGGGAUUGGGUCGUCAGCUACAGAAGGUCUUAAACGAGACGACGAAAACAACCAAGAAAGGGUUGUUGUUGUUGUUGCUGAACAAGCUUUCCAUUUGAAGAACGAUGAAGAUUUUCCCCCACUCUCCCAUUGAGUGUCGUAGUAGAGGUGAAGUGAAUGCAGCAGACAACAAUGAAGUGUAGGACUUUUUACCUCUGUCUCUAGCUGCUGCUGGUCUGGUAGGUGCGGCAUCCAAGAAAGAGCUGUGUAUAUUUGAUAGAAUCAAUGGCCUCCGACACUUCCUUGACCGUUUACUGGAAAAUGGAGGUAUUGGAGUGAGUAGGUGAACUUGUGUUUAACUGUGUGAGAUACCACCACCACCAUAGAUUGCAUCAGUAGUUAUGUGCUUUCUGCUCUGUAAAACUGCCUAUGUUGAAUGCACAAAAGUCACACACAACUGUGUUGAACCUAAAACCUAUUUCUUGUGCUUCAAUGUUUGAGACAGCCAUCCAAUGUGGACUGUGCACACACAGAUAUUAACUUCCCAAUUAUGCUCUAGAAAACCACUUUGUUUUCCUUCA